CUCAUCUAACUACAAGCAUAUGCUUCAUAAGAACAAUACCUAAUUACUAUUUUAAUAGGUUAUACUAAAGGUUUUAAUUAGUCCAUCAAAACAUUAGAAUCACUAAUCAUUUAUACAAUAAAUAAUAAUUUUGUCAGCAGUAGGAGAAUACACUUUAUCGAAAGUGAUUGGUGGAGAGCGUGGUAUUUGGUGCUCACUGAUUGGUCGAGAGUUCUUCCGUGGACUUGUUCCAUUGGUCGACAGUUAGUCUAUAGGCCGGUGUUAUCCUGGCGGUCAUUAGUUACGAGUUGAGUAGUUGUGUGUAUUUGAUACCGGUCGCGAAAAGGUUAAAUAACGUUUAAUCUGGUCAAGGGACAAAUAUGAAGAAGUUAAUAUUUUUAGGUUUAGGAUUGUUGUUCCUUUUAGGAACAACAAAAGCUGAGGAAACUGUGGAGGAUGAUUUGGGAGCUAGCAGAGAAGGUUCUAGAACAGAUGAACAGGUUGUUGAAAGAGAAGAAAAUGCUAUUAAACUUGAUGGACUCAAUGUAGCUCAGUUAAAAGAAUUACGCGAAAAAGCAGAAAAAUUUGCUUUUCAGGCAGAGGUCAAUCGUAUGAUGAAACUUAUUAUUAAUUCUCUCUAUCGCAAUAAGGAGAUCUUCUUGAGGGAAUUAAUAUCUAAUGCUUCUGACGCACUUGACAAAAUUAGAUUACUUUCACUGACAGAUACCUCUGCGUUAUCAGCAACUGAAGAACUUUCAAUUAAAAUUAAGGCUGACAAGGAAGGAAAAGUUCUUCACAUUACCGAUACUGGUAUCGGUAUGACAAAGAACGAUCUCAUCAAUAACCUUGGAACUAUUGCUAAAUCUGGCACAGCUGAAUUCCUUAGUAAACUACAAGAUGAAGGAACAUCAGCUCAGGACACAAUGGAUAUGAUUGGUCAAUUUGGUGUUGGAUUUUAUUCCAGUUUUCUAGUUGCUGACCGUGUGAUUGUAACUACAAAGCAUAAUGAUGAUGUACAACUUAUCUGGGAAUCUGAUGCUGGAAGCUUUAGCAUAACAGAAGAUCCAAGAGGAAACACACUCAAGCGAGGAACUCAAAUCAGCCUUUUCUUGAAAGAUGAAGCUACAGACUAUCUAGAAGUUGGAACUUUAAGGAACCUUGUUAAAAAAUAUUCCCAGUUCAUUAAUUUCCCCAUCUUUCUCUGGGCGGACAAGACUCUCACUGUGGAAGAGCCCAUUGAAGAAACUGAAGAAGAGGAUAAAAGCAAAAAAGAUGAAGCUGAAGAAGAUGUUGGUGUUGAAGAGGAAAAGGAAGAAAAGCCAAAAACAAAAUCUGUACAAAAAACAGUUUGGGAAUGGGAACGUCUCAACGAUCACAAACCUAUCUGGACUAGAAAACCAAGCGAUGUAACUGAAGAAGAAUACGACGAGUUCUACAAAGCGUUAACAAAAGACAAAUCCAAACCUUUCGCACAUGUCCACUUUGUUGCUGAAGGUGAAGUCAGCUUCAAAUCACUUCUUUAUGUGCCAGAAGCUCAACCUGCAGAUUCAUUCAAUAGAUAUGGCACUGCUUCUGAUAAUAUUAAGCUAUAUGUUAGAAGAGUAUUUAUUACUGAUGAAUUCACGGAUUUACUCCCUAAAUAUUUGGCUUUCCUGCAAGGUAUUGUUGACUCUGAUGAUCUACCUCUGAAUGUCUCAAGAGAGACUCUGCAGCAACAUAAGCUUUUAAAAGUAAUUAAGAAAAAAUUAAUAAGGAAAGCUCUGGACAUGUUCAAGAAGCUCAGCCCUGAAGAUGCAAAGAAAUUUUGGAAAGAGUACUCCACUAACAUCAAAUUGGGAAUAAUAGAAGACCCUGCUAACCGAUCCCGUUUGGCAAAACUUCUCCGUUUCGGAUCUUCUGCUGAUCCAAAGGAAAUGACUACUCUUGCUGAAUAUGUCUCACGUAUGAAGCCAAAGCAGGAGCAUAUCUAUUACAUGGCUGGUUCUUCAAGGACUGAGGUUGAAUCAUCCCCAUUUGUUGAGAGGCUGCUGAAGAAAGGUUAUGAAGUUUUGUUUCUCGUUGAAGCUGUUGAUGAGUAUACUAUUGCCGCUCUUCCAGAAUUUGAAGGAAAGAAAUUCCAAAAUCUAGCUAAAGAAGGUUUUACUCUUCCUGGUGAUAGCAAAUUCCUUGAAAUUGCUAAAGAGAAAUUUGAACCUUUAAUGAAAUGGCUUUCUGAAAAUGCUCUUAAAGAUAAGAUAUCAAAGGCUACCAUCUCUGAGAGGUUAACUGAUUCACCAUGUGCACUUAUCGCUCCAAUGUUCGGUUGGUCUGGAAACAUGGAAAGACUUGCUAUUUCCAAUGCUCACCAGAAAGCUGAUGGUGCGGAGAGGUCAUAUUACUUGAAUCAGAGGAAAGCUCUGGAAGUCAACCCACGUCAUCCAGUAAUGAGGCAUCUUUUAACUCGGGUCUUAGAUGAUCCGGAGGAUGCUAAAGCAAAGGAUAUAGCUGUUAUGUUAUUUAGAACUGCAACCUUGAGGUCUGGUUAUAUGUUGCAAGAAACAGCUGAAUUCGCUAAAGGUGUCGAGUCAAUGUUAAGGCAGUCUCUAGGCAUCUCUGCGGAUGAGCCUAUUGAGGAAGAAGAAGAGGAAGAUGAAACAAAUGAAGUGAACCAAGAUGAGAAUGAGACUUUUGCGGAUGAAGAUGCUGACAACAAAGAUGAAGAUCAUGAUGAAUUGUAGUUGAGCACACUGUGAUUUAAGUUUAAUUUAUUUUGUGUAAUCAAAUAAUUUAUUAAAACUGUUGAAUAACUUCAGCAGUGGAAGAACUGAUUAUUUGUUAGGAUCUAAUCUUAGCAAUUCAUCCAUUGUUCAUUUAUUUACACUCUCGUAUUUAAUUGAAAACGCGCUGGUAAUCUCACUGAGUGUUUCUGUAAAGAAAUAGGACAUUAUUCUUAGGGAACUUCAUUACCUGCUUAAUUAUUAAGUAUUGAGACAAAAGAUAUUCAAACUUCUUAAACUUAGUUUUGAGUUAUUUAUAAGUUUGGAUAAGGAUAAAUAAAUAAGCCUAUUAAUUGGCUAUUGACUGAUAAAGUCUUGUAUAUAAAGUAAAUGUUCAUAAGAUAUAUUAAGCUGAAUAGUUUUAUGUAAAUUUGUGAAGAUUCAUUUUUGUAUUGUAAUGGAUAAAAUACUUAUAAAAUGCCAUUUAUUCAGACUUUUUUAAUUAGUUCCUCAACUCCUUUAAAUUUUAUGUAACUAUUAAAGAAAACUGCAUUUUCUGAUCUAUUGCAGAUCAGCCAACAUUGAGCUGCUGAUUGUCUCAACAUCUUAAUAAACUUGUGAUAAAUUUUAUGUUUAUAGAAUAAUAAAACUGUCCUGAAAUCGUAUCUCUUUA